AUGGUUCGCCCAAAGCCUGUCACCCAAGAUCUCCUAGCCAAUCUUCCAACCGACGUCGAUGCUGUUCUGACACAACCUAUGCCCCCACUGAAGCCAAGAAGAACCAAGAAGGCCCAGCCUAAGACCAAGGCUACUGAGGUUGAGGCUGAGGAUGCUCUACCCAUCUCCAAGCUGGCUGAAAGCAGCAAAUCUCAACCUUCCGCUGGGAAGAGGCGUGCAGAAUCCCAGCCAUCAGAAUCUACUCAACCCAAGAAGCCGAGGUCGUCGACGACCUCGGGGUCCAAAAAAUCUGAUGUUCCUUGGGCUCCCCAGAUUACUCUGGAAGAUAGGCCCAUAAUGACCAAUGAAAGCGCCGAUGACAUUAAUGUCGGCGUUGCCCUUACUACGGCGCUGCUCCUUCCUGGUGAUUUGGAGCGGAAUGCCGGGUAUAGUGAAUAUGAGAACUAUGCCCUAAUGCUCCAGCACUCUGUUCAAGCCAUCCAGCAUGCCCACUCAUUUUCAAUGCAAUCUUUCCAGAAUCGAGAGAAGCUGGUCGACCUGAGGAGGGAGGUUUCCUCCCUCAAAAAGGAGAAUAAAUCUCUUGAAUUAAAGAUGAAAAAAUUGGAGGAUCAGAAAGAGGCCGAGGCGAGAGCGGCCCAGGCCGAGAAGGAACUUCAGGAAGCCUUGGCCACAAAGGAAGCCGAAAUCAAAGAGGUUGAUGAGAAGGCAUAUGCUCAGGGCGUGGCCGAUGUCACUGAGGAUUACAAGCUUCAAGUUAGCCAAGCUGAAGAUGAAUCAGAGUCUGAGGCUGAGGAUGAAAACAACAAUGAUGAUGAGGCCCUAGUGAGGAAAUCCAAGGAUGCUGCUGAAGCCAUGUCCUUUCCUUCCACUGAGCAGGUCAUCAACUUAACUCAAGAUGAAGAGGAUGGUGAGGUUGAGGAGGUGUCCAAGGAGGCUGUUCUAGGGCAGCUAUCAUCCGACCUUCUUCUGGCUGAAAGAAGUCUUGAUAAAACAAUAGCAUAG